GAGUUCCGCUCGGUCCAGCAUAAGCGUUCGGUUCCUGCUCGGCGUGGCGUAAAUCCAGUCUCCUGACCGCCAUCACUCAGGGCAAAGUUCCUGGAGGCUUUUGUUCGUCCUUCCCCUGGCGUUAGUAGGCGGGUCUGUGGAGCACUUUUAAAAACGCGUGACCUCGAUCUGUGAGCUCUGUGUGUGAGUUAAACAUGUCGACCAGCGGAGAUUUUGAUUGCAUAGUGAUCGGGGCAGGCGUUCAGGGCUCCUUUACGGCCUAUCAGCUGGCAAAAAAGAACAAGAAGACUCUGCUGUUGGAGCAGUUUGUACUGCCCCACAGCCGAGGGAGUUCCCAUGGCCAGACCCGCAUCAUCCGCAAGGCCUACGAGCAGAACUUCUACACCCACAUGAUGGAGGAGUGCUAUGAACUGUGGGCUCAGCUGGAGAGGGAGGCAGGAGUGAAAUUGUACAGACAAACAGGGCUCCUGGUUAUGGGGCCAGAGAAGAGUGAAAAUUACCAAAAUAUUAAGGACACCCUUCAAACAAACAAGGUUCCCAUGGUUGUCCUGACCCAUGACAUCUUUAGUCAGCACAUUCCCAAUGUCAACUUGGCUAAGGGAGACGGAGCACUGGUGGAUACAACUGCUGGAGUUCUAUUUGCUGACCGCACACUCAAAACCGUACAGGGGCAAUUUCAGAAAUUAGGUGGAGUUAUAAGAGACAACGAGAAGGUAACGGACAUCAAGCCUGGCCCUGUUGUAAGAGUGUCAACCUCUGUGGGUGUUUAUCAUGCUAAGAGUUUGGUGAUCACCGCUGGACCCUGGGCUAAUAAACUGCUGGCCAACACUGGUUUACAGUUGCCACUAGAGGUAGUAAAGAUCAACGUGUGCUACUGGAAGGAGAAGGUUCCUGGGUCCUAUAGCAUGAAGCAGCGCUUUCCCUGCUUCGUACAAACUGAAUGCUUGGAGUCCAAAGUGCAUAUCUACGGACUUCCGUCCAAUGAGUACCCAGGGCUGAUGAAGGUGUGCUACCAUAUGGGCAGCAAGACAGACCCAGACCAGAGAGAUUUGCAGAAAGACAGGUCUGAUAUUGAGAUUCUCCAGCAUUACAUCGCCCGCUGCUUUCCUGGCCUCAUCCCUGAACCUGCUAUAGUGGAGAGCUGCUUGUAUACGCUAACGCCUGACCAUCAUUUUGUGCUGGACUACCACCCUGCAUACAGCAACAUCGUGAUUGGAGCAGGAUUUUCAGGUCAUGGCUUCAAGUUUGGACCAAUCAUUGGCAAGCUUCUGUGUGAACUCAGCCUGGGAGAAGUGCCCUCCUAUGACCUUUCACCUUUCCACAUAAGACGCUUCCAGUCAAAGAGGAACUCAGCUUUAUAGUUCUGCAACACAGCGAGUGUUUUAUAAUAAUAACAGCUAAAUUAUAAUUUUAGUAAAUUCAUUUAAUCACUACGUUUAAAUUCUAUGAUUGUAUUCUUUGUAAGUUUUGUUUUUUUGGCACUAGGUGUAAUCAAAUGCUUUCAAGCAUAAUGAAUAUGUGUGCUGUUAUCCAUGUAACUAGGCUAUAGACUUUCUCUCAUACUCUGAUUUCUAACUAAUAUUUUGUGAUUUCCAUAAUUACUAUACAAACAUUAUAGAUGGGCUCUAUCAAUCCACUGAUCUGAAGCUCCUGAGUUGAUUUGCACAAAGUAGUGCUUGUAGAAAGUUUACGAGAUGUGAUGAGGCUCAUGUUUAUGGUAGCAUUAGUGCGCAUGUGUAAUUCUGUCUGCAAACGAAAGUUUUGAAUGACUUCUGAUAAAACUUUCGCUCCUUUCCAGUCCA